CAGUAUGUGGCAUCUCAGUGUUGUGAAGCUGCUGCUGCUGAGGAUCUGUCUGGAUACACAGAGAACACCUUCAGCUGGACCAGAGACACUUUAACAUCUAUAUAAACCUCACUGUACCUGCUUUUUCAUAAUCUACAUUCAGAACUACAAACAAUGCCGAACUGGGGAGGAGGCAACAAGUGCUCGGCGUGCCGUGGGACGGUUUACCACGCCGAGGAAGUGCAGUGUGACGGGAAGUGUUUCCACAAAUGCUGUUUUCUCUGCAUGGUCUGCAGGAAGGGCUUAGACAGCACCACGCUGGCUAUUCACGACCAGGAGAUCUACUGCAAGUCCUGCUACGGGAAGAAGUACGGCCCUAAAGGCUACGGCUACGGCCAGGGGGCCGGGACGCUCAACAUGGACCGAGGGGAGCGGCUGGGAAUCAAACACGAAGAGACACAAACUCACAGACCGACCACCAACCCCAACCCGUCCAAAUUUGCCCAGAAGUUUGGAAAUUCAGAGAAAUGUGCCCGAUGUGGAGACUCCGUCUACGCAGCUGAGAAGAUCAUGGGGGCCGGCAAGCCGUGGCACAAGAACUGCUUCCGCUGUGCAAAAUGUGGUAAGAGCCUGGAGUCGACCACUCAGACCGAGAAAGACGGAGAGAUCUACUGCAAAGCGUGCUACGCCAAGAACUUCGGGCCCAAAGGGUUCGGUUACGGCCAAGGAGCCGGCGCCCUGGUUCACGCUCAGUGACGGCUCAACUGGAUCACACACACACACACCUUUUCUACAUUCCUCUGUACCAACAUCAACCCGUCUGGUGUUCCCUCCCUCCCUCCCUCGUGUGCUUUUAUGUUGAAGAAGUACCUGUAAUAAAAACAUGAACGACGUGUUCACAUU